ACUAUCAGACUUCAGACUGAAACAAUUCUUUGGCUUUGGACUUGGAUUGGUUAAAUUCUUAUUAUCACUAGAUCUAGUCUAUAUACCCAGACGUACUGAAAAUACUGAUUAUCAGACUAAUAUGAAUCAACAACAGGGAAACACAACAGCACCAGGAAAAAUACAGUCCAGACUAUCAAGAAUAAGUAUCUGUAAACAGAAGCCUACCAGUAUCCGUUUCCGAUGUUCGUUGCAGAAUACUAUCUUGGAUGUUCUUAGAGCAAGGCCUGGUUGGGUUGAAAUUACAACCGAGGGAGUUGGCUGGGACUUCUACUGGGCAGAUGUUUGGUGGAUGAAAGAGAUCUUUGAUCGGGCUUAUCUUGAAGAUCAAGUCAGAAUUAACCAUUUCCGAAAUCAUUAUGAGCUGACAAGAAAAAACUUAAUGGUGAAAAACUUAAAGAGACUGCGGCGUCAACUUGAACGUGAUUCUGGCAAGCUGGAAGCACAAAAAUGUGACUUCUAUCCUGCCACUUUUGAACUUCCAUCUGAGUACCACAUAUUUGUGGAUGAAUUUAGACGAAAUCCAGGUACAAUCUGGAUCAUGAAGCCUAUUGCCAGGUCACAAGGCAAAGGAAUUUUUCUCUUCAAGCGUCUUAAAGACAUUACAGAUUGGAAAAGGGGUGUUGAGUAUCAACCUCAACUUCAAGUUACAGAUGCUUCAACAGCACCAAUUGAGACAUAUGUUGUUCAGCGAUAUAUUGAGAACCCUUAUCUGAUUGGUGGUCGCAAGUUUGAUAUAAGAGUAUAUGUUCUAGUCACAUCAUAUAAUCCAUUAAAAGCCUACUUGUAUAGAAGUGGCUUUGCCCGCUUUGCAAACAACAGAUAUUCUUUAGAUACCAUAGAUGACAACUAUAUCCACUUGACUAAUGUUGCUAUUCAGAAAACAGCUCCUGACUAUGAUCCUGAAAAGGGAUGCAAGUGGUCAACACAGCAACUCCGUAUGUACCUAACAGCCAAACAUGGACAGAGCAAAGUGAACACACUGUUUCAACAAAUGACCAACAUAUUUAUUCUAAGUCUCCAGUCAUGCCAAAGAGUCAUCAUCAAUGAUAAACAUUGCUUUGAACUGUAUGGCUAUGACAUUCUCAUAGACUCUAAUCUCAAGCCGUGGCUGAUAGAAAUCAAUGCCUCUCCUUCCCUCACUGCAAGCAAUCAGGAAGAUUAUGACUUGAAGUUUGGUCUUCUCAAUGAUGUGCUCAAUGUAUUGGAUCUAGAAAAUAGACUUACUGGCAAGGAGAAGAAAGUGGGUUUAUUUGAUCUCAUGUGGGAUGAUGGACCAGUGUUUCUAGAGGACAAUGGAAAUGAAGAUUUAGUCAAAGCACAAACAACACUGACAAAUGCUAAAUUAGGCUGUGUCAACGACAGAUUACAAAAUUUGAAAGAAAUCUAUCAGACAGCUGAAGUUUUCAAAAAACUGAAUUGAACUGUUCUAGGUUGAAAUAGAAAAUUUUAAUUUUUUUUUUUUAAUUUCAUGGAAAACCAAGUUUACUAAUUCAACUGUGAUAAUAAAAUGUGCCAGAUCUAUGCA